GGCGUGGCAUCCCAAUGAGCUGGGCACUGUGCCCGGGCGCCACUGUCAAUCGCGCCGACCCUAGAACUCGCGACCCCGCCGAGGCCCCGCCCCUAUCAUGCGAGCUGUGACCUGGGCCAUCGUGGCCAUGCUCCUGCCGCGGGUCUUGGGGGCGAUUCCGACGAGGACGCCACGGACAGGGGGCGUCGGUGACACCCUCUCUGUUGCCAUUGUUUGCCAUGACCUGGAGAGCGUGGAAGUCACGUGGGGCCCGGGCUCUGCCCACCAUGGGCUGUCAGCCAAUCUCAGCCUGGAGUUCCGGUAUGGAAACCAGGUCCCCCAGCCCUGCCCACACUACUUUCUGUUGGACAGCGUCAGAGCAGGCUGUGUCCUCCCCAUGGGGAAGGGGCUUCUGGAGGUGGUGCUGCGUGAGGGAGGCGGAGCCAAGCUGUUCUCCCGGAAGAAGAAGGCAUCGGCCUGGCUGAGGCCCCGCCCUCCAUGGAACGUCACCCUGAGCUGGGUAGGGGACACUGUUGCUGUUUCCUGCCCCUCCCACUCUUACCCUGGGCUGGAAUAUGAGGUGCAGCACAGAGAUGACUUCGACCCUGAAUGGCAGUCGACCUCUGCACCAUUCUGCAACCUGACAGUGGGCGGGCUGGACCCUGGGCGCUGCUACGACUUCCGGGUGCGGGCGACGCCCCAGGAUUUCUACUAUGGCCCCGAGGCGCGGCCCAGCAAGUGGACAGGCGUGGCCAGCCUGCAGGGAGUGGGACCCACAGGCUCCUGCACUGGCCCCACCCUCCCGAGGACCCCCGGGACCCCCACCCCACCUCUCGCCCUGGCCUGUGGCCUUGCGGUGGCCCUGCUCACCCUGGUGCUGCUCCUGGCCCUGCUGCGGAUGCGCAGGGUGAAGGAAGCCCUGCUGCCUGGUGUCCCCGACCCCCGCGGCUCCUUCCCUGGCCUCUUCGAGAAACAUCAUGGGAACUUCCAGGCUUGGAUCGCAGAUUCUCAGGCUGCUGUCCCUACGGUCCCAGAGCAGGACAAAGAUGAUGAUGUCAUCCGGCCUCAGACCAAGGGGGUGGAAACUCAGGAGGAGGAUGAUGUCAUUGCCCCGGGGUCCCCAUGCCUUGGGGGAGGGGCCCUGAUGUCGGUGGGCGGGGCCUCGUUCCUGAUGGGAGACAGCGGCUACACCACCCUGUGACAACCCUGUGUUGACCCCUGCCUGGACCCUCGUUGCUGUCACUUAUGCCCCGCUUCAUUUGCAUAAAUAUGAAUUUGUUAAUCUGGA